AUGUUGCUCCUUGUUACUUCUGUUGUGCUGGUACGAUUGAUCGAGAUUUUCCCAGCUGAUGUUUCAUUUGGGAAAUGGAAAAUUGUGUUCCUGGAGUUAGUGUUUAUGGUGGCCGGUUUUGGUGGCCCUGAGAAGAAGUAUUCUUUAGUUUAUGCAGGGAGUGAAGAGGGUGAUGCCUAUUCAGCUUCUUUGUGUUUUAGAAGGUCUCUGAUCCUAACUAUGUUGAGGGGAACGUGUUUGUGUGAUAGAGGGAUAAAUUCGAGAGCUGCUAAAGGUGAGGUUGUGAAGAAAGCGGGUUGGCAUUGGAUGAUUUUAGCUAGGGGUUUUGAUGGGAAGGAUUAUUGCCGAUUGUCACUUUUACCGGCUACUUCGGGUCGGUGCUUCAGGUGGUGA